AUGUUCGCAUCCAUCAUGUCAGUUGACCCGCCUGUGAACAAGCAUCAUGAAAAGGUCAAGCGGGAGGCGGAAACAUGGAUCAUCAAGACGCUGAAACUCAAGGAGGAAGAAGCAAGGAAAAUUCCAAAGAUGGACCUCGCUUAUGUGGCAUCAAUUUGGGUUCCGGACGCAGACGAAGAAGGGCUCCGCAUGGUAGUGGAUUGGUUGUAUUGGAUAUUUUUUUUUGAUGAUCAAUUCGACGAAGGCCAUCUUAAAGAUGACCCCAAAGGAGCCAAAGAGGAAAUUUCUGCUACCUUGUCAAUCAUGACUAGUAAUCAGGCAUUUAUUGCGGUCGAUGAAUAUCCACUCAGGCAUGUUUUCCAGUCAACAUGGACGCGUUUUCAAACGAGAACAUCUCCAGCCCUCCAAAAAAGAUGGGUGAAGUCCUUAACAGAGUAUUGCGACGGUCUUCUCGGCCAGGUCACAGCUGUACACGACACACGGGAGUUGAAUACUGAUGAGUACAUGACCUACCGACGACUGUCGAUAGGGGCCUUUCCGUGUCAUGAACUUGUCGAAUACGCCCACGGCUUCGAGAUUCCACAAGUGGUGGCCGACAAUGAUUCUGUCAAGGUGUGUCGCACGAUUUCGACGGAUCUAGUCUGGCUCCAAAACGACGUCUUGUCAUACCGAAAAGAUCUGAUACAAGGCGUCAAGCACAACAUUAUCCACGUCUUGCGAAAUCAGAACUUGUCUGAACAACAGGCCAUUGACGAAAUUGGGGAGAUGUUAGAUGAGCGCUACAGGGAGUGGUAUCGUGCCCUGGCUGAGAUGCCGAUCUGGGGGGAGAAGGUGGACAGAGAUGUGCUAAAAUACAUCUGGGGCUGCCAGGCUGUUGCACUGGGAAAUUUGCACUGGAGCUACAAGACUGGACGGUAUCUGGGGGCGGAGGGUGAGCAGAUUCGCACGACACGCAUCAUGACCAUUCCCAAUCUCUAA